AAGCCAGUCACACAUUCGGGUCGUUCAGAAGCACAUACAUUAUAAUACUGUCAGUUCUUCAUGCGACUCCCGACCAGGCGCUUUCUUAGCUCGUCAAUGGGAUCCACCAAAUCCAUUAACUUCUUUCCCCAGUCGCACAAAUCAAUCCUCCCAGUUAUUUUUGCGUCAAUGGAGUGUUAAUUAUCAACGAAAUCUAAAUGAAUAUCCAGGAUUUUAUUGGAUUUAUCAGUGAAUGUGGUGAAAUGGAUAAAUUUACUAAAUCAAUGGAAUAUGACCUUUUACAAUUCAACUCAACUUUAUGUGCAAUUGAAUGAUAAAAAAAUUGUGAUUAAGAUGUUUCAUUAAAAUAUCUACAGUGAAUAAACGAAUUUUGAAUAGAAUAACCCUUAAUUUCAGUUUUAUAAAAUCAUAAUUCAAACACUAAGGAUUAAUAUCGAACUGGAUCCCAUUGCGAACCAAGAGGGUGGAGCCAUGUACAUCACGUGUGGAGAUGGGAUCCCCAUGGAGCCGGAAACGGGAUACGUUCCCAACAAUCCCCUGUUCGGAUUGCCUCUCGAUAGUCCUCAGGAGUGUCCGUCGGCAUCCUGUAUCGGUUGUUCCGGCUGCCAGUGUCAGACAUCAGCAUUGUCUAUCGCUGAACUCCACGAAGACGCCAGAGGAUCGGAUUUCGACUGCGGAAGUUGUCUCGACCACAACACUAUUCUCAGUUUACCACAGAACAAUAAUCCUCACCAGCAACCAUCUACUGGUAGCUACUGGAGUGAAGACAUGGGUUCCUUUCCGGGACUUCCGCCACUUGAACUAGAUCCUUUGCCUAGUCUCUUUCCCUUUUCACCUUGUGGUGCUUCGUAUAGCCGAAAUGAGCGUCCGACGCACGAUAUGGCCGAUGUGCUUCUUUCACUUAAGCAUGCAGUCCUCAAGCCAAGUCCUGAGCCUCAGCCACAUCAAUCUGUUUCACAGGGUUUUGGGGCACCACAAGCAUCACUCUCGUACACUGUUCACCCGUCGGUGCAGACGCCAACCUCAGUGGCUGCUAACUAUGGACCCAAUGGCUACUACGAAUCUUCCUGCGGGCAACAUGCUCCAACUAUGUAUCCCAGCAUGAGUGUCAACGUGAGCAUGAAUAUGACGAUGCAUGGGUAUGGAAGUGAGGCUUCAGGUUGUUCACAGUGGCCACCUCAGUCCUCAGGAUCAGCUGUCAACGUCCUAUAUCCGCCUCUUCUGAGUCCUGGACACUAUCCCGGUGGAGCUACAUACUCCUUCACAGCGGACUUCAGGCCUCCACCUCCGGGUCAGUCUGGUCAAACUAUGACCUCUCUUGAGACACCUCCACAGCCGCCGCAACGCCCAACAUGCUAUUCCAGCGGAAGCUACUCACCUAUUCAGAAGUCCAAUUCGAUGUGUGGAGCAACGAAGCUGAGACAGGUACGAACCCUUGGCAUCGGAUAUGAUGAAGAGGACAGUGGAGAUAGUAUGCCGGAUGCAAAGCCCAAUUUGUGUCGCCUCUGCGGCAAGACAUACGCCAGACCAAGCACACUUAAGACGCACCUCAGAACUCACUCCGGCGAAAGACCCUACAGGCACAUUUUCAGAUGUCCGGAUUGCAACAAAAGCUUCUCUCAAGCUGCUAAUUUAACAGCACACGUGAGGACUCAUACUGGCCAGAAACCAUUUAGAUGUCCCAUUUGUGACCGUAGAUUCUCCCAGAGCUCCAGUGUUACUACUCACAUGAGGACCCAUUCUGGCGAAAGACCUUACAGAUGCCGAGCCUGUAAGAAAGCUUUCUCGGACAGUUCUACCCUGACAAAGCAUCUCCGUAUCCACAGCGGUGAAAAACCAUAUCAGUGCAAAUUGUGUUUGCUUCGAUUUUCCCAGUCGGGAAAUCUGAAUCGGCACAUGCGAGUUCAUGGAACCAAUGGGAAUCUCAUAACAUGACAGAGGAACGCUGCGAGCGCCAUUAGCAUUGCAUCUCGAACAUCUCUCAGUACAACAUCGGCCAUCCUGUCGUCCUCAAUGGCCACACCGAUGUGUCACGAGGACGAGCACAGGGGAAGGAUAAACGAAUUGUCCGGAUAUUACAGGGCAGCCAAUUGCCUCAAUAUCUAUUGAGACAACAGCACCAUCGAAAUCUGCUCUGAAAGACUAUUUUUUAUUUUAAAUAUUUGUCAAUUGUUUGUUAAUUACCUUUAGAAGGAUUCCAAAAAUUGUCUUUUAGUUAGUUUAUUGAAGUUUUUGGACGCCCCAACAUUUUUUUUUGACAUAGUAAUUCUGUUACAUUUUGUUUUAGAAAAAAUAGAACAAUAAAAAAAUAAUUAAAAUUGCGAAAAAAUUGUGGGAUAAGAGUGAAUCAUCCUUGAAAAUGUUAAAUCCUUAAAGUAAAAGAAUAAACAACUCUUCAAAUUUAAGAUAAAGGAAGCUUAAAUUUAGAAAAAAGUAAUAUCUAAAUUAAAGAUUUCUUAUUUUAAGUUAAAAUUAAUUUAGAGCUAAUGAUGGUUCUUAUUACAAAUUCACUUUAAAAUUUUCACCAUUUACAGAAAUAGGAGAUUGACUAAACUGAAUAGAGGGCGAUUUUGAGGCUUAAAUUUAAAGCUUAAAGAUUAAACUCAGGAUUUGGGGUAGGUUUUUUUUAACUGCGAUGAGCAUUUUUGUUCAAAUUUACAAAUUGAUCCUUAAAAAAAGUCAAACAAGUUGCUACAUAAUUCAAAAUGAUCAUUUAAAAAAGCUCUCGGCGUAGUUUAGUUUAGUAAAAAACUAAAACGGUCUUUAAAUCAUGAAUUAACUUCUUUUAUUCAUUUACAAACAAUUUUUUUGGAGGAAUUUUGACUAAAGAUUAAAAAACUGACAAAAACGUUUGUUAUUUAGAACUUUGGGAACUUGGUUAAACCUUUAGUUUGAAACCCGUAUAAAAGAUGACCAUAAAUCCCUUUAAGGGGUUACGUGGGCCAAAAAAAAACAAACAGUAUGUUUCUCUAAGUUUUGUAAACAUAAUAAAAAGUUUUAUUUAAA